GUCAGGCAGCCCGGCAUUCUUUCUGGAUGUGUGUGUGGGUUUGGCCRCAGCCCACUCCGUGCUCUUUGACUCCGCUGGCCUUAUAAGGCAUCCAGCGCCAUGGCAACAGCGGGGCUUGAAUAGCAGUGUCAAAUCCCUCAGCACACAGACACACGCUCACUCUCCCUGAAGGAGGGAGCCGAGCUGAGAAACAGGAGGCUAUCUGAGCUGUGGCGGCGUCUGGCUUUCACUAAAACCUCYGACUGGCUUUUUCCUCUGCUGGUUUGCCUAAUUUAUUCCUGCCGGGGCCAGCAGAAAGACAGGAGGAACAGGAAGAGGGGGGAAAAAAACAAAAACAAGCUGAAUAAUAAAGAGCGCAACACUCUGACUCUCUGGUUCUGGCCUCUGGUUGGGACUGCGGGAUGGACACGCUCUGACAAAAAGCAGGAAUGGGACGGAGGACUUUGUGAGGCUCUGGGAGAGGAGAGGCGACCGUGGCCGAGCAGAUUUCUCAACUCUGCCUUUUGUUUUGGCUUGUUGUUGUUUCUAUGACAUCUGAUCCGCUGACUCCGCCGGCUUUGAGGGAGUUAGAGGGACCAGAGGAAAACAGCGUUUCGUCACAGAAGGGCAGAGCGGGAGRACGUCUUUGGAUGAACUUUGCUGCCGCAGAAGAGCUGGAAAAUAAAAAUAAAACGUGUUUCUGAGCCUCAGCGUUUCUUCAACAGGAGGAGCGAAUAAGAAAUCGACGAAAACAACCUUAACCGGCUGAAAGCCUUGACGAGUGGAGAGAAAAGCCUGGACUAGAACCGCCUCAGAUCAGAAGAUAGCGCCUCAGCACGGCAGAAAACUGGUUGGACUAGUUUAUAAGUUGGAGGAAAGGGCAGGGCAGUUUAACCCUGCCUAAAGGAGAGCUGGGCUUUAUUUUCCUCUCGUCUGCCUGUCCUUUAGAGAGAAAAAAAAACUGGUGGGAGGAAGAAGAGGGUCUUUUUUUAAAGCUGUCUCUCUUCAUCAUGUUGGGGGAUAGGUGAGGCAUUUCUCUUCUCCUUUCAUAGAGGAAAGGAAGAGAAGUGAGAGAAGAAGAAGAAGAAAAAAAGAGUGAAAGUGUAAUUUAUUGUUUCCUGUGAAAAGAGCAGAGCUGCACCCUUUUCUCUCCUGCCUGAACUCUGAACCACUUAAUGCGUGUGAAGUUUUCUCAGAGCUGAAGAGCCAUUGAUCAGAGGUCAGGAGUGUGUGGGGGGGAGAAGGAGAGCAGAGAGGGCAGCAGAUUAAAGAAGAGAAGAGAAAACAGCAGUGGAAAGACCUCCAGGUCAACCCAGCCAGACGGAGAAGUAAGGUGGAGGCGGGCGGGGGGGAGAAGGUCAACUCAGGCGAGUCGGGGACAAAUCUCUCCAUCUUACUUUUAAAUUCACGAGAUAAAACCUGCUUCGGAAGUGCAGAUCUUUGAGCCUGGACUCAGAACUUUCGGGGUGAGCGUAGGGUGUGUGUGUGUGUGUGUGUGUGUGUGUGUGUAUGAUCCAAUUACAGGACUGGGGGGUCUGAGGAAAAUAUGGCCAUGGUGAGCGGGGGAUGGGGCAACCCCAACGGGGACACUAACGGACUGGGGGAGAAGGUUUACCUGAGGAAGGAGGAGGAGGACGGGUCGCCCCGGGCGGGCAGCAGCGACGUGGACGUCGGGGACGAGGACAAGGCCUGCGUGGUGGACUGCGUGGUGUGCGGGGACAAGUCCAGCGGGAAGCACUACGGCGUGUUCACCUGCGAGGGCUGCAAGAGCUUCUUCAAGAGGAGCAUCCGGAGGAACCUCAGCUACUCCUGCAG